AAAGAAGAAAACUGCCCCUAUAUCCACUAACAUCCAUUACUCUCUUCACUCCCAUUACUCUCUUCACUCGUACUCUUACUCCCAAUUUGAUUUUAUACAUUUAUUUUCAAUAGAAAAAGAAAGAUUAUAGCCAUAGUAAUGGAAAUAGCAUCCAAGCUUCCAAAGGCUUCUCCGUCGCAUAAAUUAUUCCAUCCCAGAGCCUCUGUUUUGGUUUCCAAUUUUGUUCCAAUUUCCAAGAACACUAUUUUACAGCAGAUUCGUGGCCUUAAAAUCAAACAACGACAGUUCAAGAAUUUGGGGGUCGUUUUUGCAAGUUCUGAGCCUCAGACUUUUCCUAAUCCUACCAUUGUUUCUGAUAGAUGGCUCCUUCAACCUAUUGGUGACGGAGACUCAAGACAUAUAGGAUUUAAGGUUGAAAUGCCAAAUGCAUAUGAAAUUGCUUCGGAUGAGGUCACUGUUGGUCGUGUUCCGGAUAAAGCUGACUUGGUCAUUCCGGUUGCCACAGUAUCAGCUCGUCACGCCCGGAUUCAAAAGAAGAAAGAGAAUCUAUUGGUGACGGAUUUGGACAGCACCAAUGGCACUUUCAUUGGUGAUAAACGCCUCAGCCCUGGUGUUGUCGCCACUGUUUACCCUGGAAAUUCCAUUACAUUUGGAGAUACCAACCUGGCCAUAUUUCGUGUGACAAAGCUAGAGACGACGACAGUGGUAUCAGCAAGCAAUGCAGAGGAAUCUGAUCAAGCAGAAGAGACUCCUCCUAGCCCCACUGUCUCUGAGACUACCUAAAAUAACAUAGUAAAUACAAUGUUGUUAAUGAUAUAUAUAUAUAUAUAUCAUAAUCAAUCAGUGAACCAAGUUAUUAUGUUUCUUUUUCUUUUUCUUUCCCUAAUAUCUGGCAAUAAAAUAUUUGAUUAAUAAAGCUAAUACUACUUUAUA